CGCCCUAUUUCUAAUUUAUUCGUAAAAGUGUUCCUAUACAGUUCCAACGGCUUAACGGUGUUUAUGGAUUGUGCCAAAUGCUCGAAGUGUCGAUUCAUGAAAAGCUGUUGCGGUGAGAAAACGUCGAUGGAUGGCAAGAAUGAAAAUAACGAACUGAACGACAAAGACUGUACAUUUCCAAAACGGAAAAAUAAAGUUGCAGACGCUCAGUCGGUUGUCAAUGUAGAUCCAUUGGCUUUCGCUAAGAGCCUCCGUUACGAUGUUUAUUCAAGGGUGCCUGUGUCUUGGAGCACAAACAGGACCAAUUCGAUGUACCAGCCAUCUUCUGAAUUGUCUUAUAACGUAGAGAAUCAAGUAAGUAACGAAUACACCGAAGAAGAAAUCUUUUCUUCCCUUAAGAAUGGGGAAGACGAAGAUUUCCGGUGCCCUAGAUGUGGUAAACGGAUGCACGAGCCGAGACUUCUUCCAUGCCUGCAUCCUAUGUGUUCACCGUGUGUUUUAGAAUUACUGAGCAAACGUUCUUGUAAUUCCCCUAAAAUCAUUAAGAUGCAGAACACACGAUCUGGAGAUCAAAAGAAUAAUUUCCAUGAAACGUGUCCUCUAUGCGAUUCUCGUCUACCCAGCGUUGGUUCUCCAAUUCCUCCUCCACACUAUCCUCUUCAGCACCGGUUGGUUAUGGAUGCUAUACGCUGUAGACUUGCGAAUAGAGUUCUAUGCGACGUUUGCACGGAUGAAGUGAUUGCACUUGUCCAGUGUUCCACGUGUCUCCGGAAUUUCUGUUCAGAGUGUGGGAUGGAACAUCAACAAUUAGUCACUAUGGAAUUUAAACCAUUAAAACAUACAAUAAGACCUCUCUGGGAAGCUACCAAAUUGCGGCGCACCGCACUGUGUCAAAAACAUUCUACACAGGCUUUGAGGUUUUAUUGUAUAGCAUGCCAACAGGUGACAUGUAAAGAAUGUAUGUGGAGUACUCAACAUCGAGGCCAUGCUAGCGAAAAUGCAUCUGGAGCUGGUAAAAGGGUCGCUCUAUAUUUGACAACUGUACUGCAAAAGGCAAAGGCACUUUUAAACAUGCUUUUGACACAGUACGAUCGAAAUGCAUUUUUAAAUGGAACCUUUGAAGAAAUAAGGGAUACUAUCAUUUCAAUGGAUUACCGGUACGUUAUACCGAUAGUAUCUAGCAUUUAAUAAAAAUUUAGACUGAUGUAUGCCUGGCAGUAAUAUUGUCAGAGCGAAAUGCGAAUAAGGAAUGUUCUGAAACAGAAUACUCGUUUAGAAAAAAGUCAAAUUAGAUAUGAAUUGUCAUGUGAUGUUACAAUAGUAGAUUGAAUGAUACAAGAACUGUCAUUUGAGGUAUACUGUAGGAUAUUUUACUGAUAUGGAUAUACGACGUGUUAAACCAUAAGAAGCGGUAUGUUUAAAGUGUAUAUGUAAUCACAUUCCAUUCUACAAUUUUGUAUUACUAUUUUGUAUGCAAUAAAGACUAAUGUACAAAAAUAACGAUGUAUAUACAUACAUAUAUAUAUACAUAUACA